AUGCUGCAGAUGCUGCGGAUUGGCUGGACCCCCGCCCUGCUCGCAGCCUCCCCAGGCCAGGCCCAGGUCCCCGCCCAGGCCAACCUUGACACCAGCCAGUUCCAGGGCAUCUGGUACGUGGUUGGGGCGGUGUCAGAUGACCAGGGCUUCCUGGACUCCAAGGACAGCGUGAAGAUGCCCGUGGUCUUGGUGACCCCCUUGGCCAACGGCGACCUGGGCCUCAAGUUUGGGUACCCCACGCCCGAUGGCGGGUGCCAGAAGAUGGACGCGACCUUCACCAAGGAUGCCCGCCCAGCUCAGCAGGCUCUCGCUUCCCCAGCCAUGGCCCAGACCAACAUCCGGGUGGCUUUCACUGACUACAAGCACUUCGCCGUGUUGUACUCCAAGACGCAGAAGGGGGACGUUAGGAACGUCCGGCUGCAGCUCUACACCCGGGCCCCAGAGCUAUUUCCUGAAGAUGCCCAGAAGAUGCAGCAGCUGGCACCCCAAGCGGGCUUGAACCCCAGCGAGGGCGCCCUGCUGCCCAAGUCAGGUGAGCGCUGUUCCCCUGCCGGCUCAGGGCUGCAGGAGCUGAAAGACCCUAGACCCUGACGGGGGGCUGGAGGGGAGCCAGGCCCCAAGGCUCACUCCACUGGCCCUGGACCCAGAACAGGAGGACCAGGAGAGGGUGGGCGGUGCCCUGGCCAGGUGCCCCUCAGGAGGGGGUCACAGGCCGGGAGGCUUGGCUACUCCGGGGAGGGUGUGGAGCCUCCGGCCCGGGGAGGGGGCACUGGGUGUUUCCUCGGGCCCUGCUCUCUUCCACAGACCAGUGUGCCGGCACCCUCGCCUAGGUGAGUGCGUGGGGCUGGCCCGGACCCAGCGCCCUGCUGACCCAGGGAGGCCCCUCCCGGCCAGAGGGCUGCACUCUGGGGGUCCUCUGUCCUGGGGCAGCGGCGGGGAGGGACAGAGUGGGGCCCCGGGGUGGGCUCAGGGAGGGCAGGAGGAGGUGAGAGGACCCCGCCCCUCCCCACAGCUGCUGCCCGGUUGGUUUGCAGUGAGGGACCCAGCCCAGGGGUUGGAGAAGAGGGCCGUGAUGCCGGGGCUCCGGGUACCCAGCCCUCCUCAAAGGGCGGCGGCCUCCCUCCACCCCCAGGCCCCAGCACCAUAAACAGUCUCGAAAAGCCAGCGCUGUGCUUUUCUUGGGUGGGGGCAGGAAUAGGGGGAUGGGGCAGAGGAGCCGUGUG